CGACCGAGACAGCUUUUUAAAUUUGUACCAGAGACUGUUGUCAAAAGGCAGGACGGAGUAACGCUGCAGCCACUGAGCGACGAGUCUGGCGAUUAGUUUCAAGUUUUUAAAACAACUUUUAGAUUCGCAUGCACUAGAUGUCUUUUGUUUUAUCGCUGAAUCAAAGGUUUGAAAAUCGUUCGCGUGAGGUGGUUACCGUAGUUUUGAUUUGAAUUCACAAGUGUAUGGGAGCCAGCUAGCUUUCAGGGCUAAACUAUCGUCGGUUAACAAUAGUUUCAUAUUUGCAUACAUUAUCGAUAACUGCUUAAAGAGUUUUAAGCUUUUCUUUUAAAGACGCCGAAGAGCACUUAGAUCCGAAAUGAGUGCAGGUAUCGCGAAGCCGGCGAUUCCGUCGGCACAUGUCGACCCGAAAUCGGCUCCUCUGAAAGAAAUCCCAGAUGUCCUGGUUGAUCCACGCACCAUGAAGAGAUAUGCGAGGGGGAGAUUCCUCGGGAAAGGUGGUUUCGCCAAAUGCUACGAAAUCACAGAUCUGGAGACGAAGCAGGUUUUCGCCGGAAAAAUCGUGCCCAAGUCCCUGAUCCUAAAACAACACCAGAGGGAGAAAAUGACAUCUGAAAUCGCCAUUCACAAGAGUCUCAACCACGCAAACGUCGUGGGUUUCCACGGGUUUUUCGAAGAUGAAGACUUUGUCUUUGUUGUCCUGGAAAUCUGCAGGAGAAGGUCCUUGUUGGAGCUGCACAAGCGUCGUAAGGCUGUGACUGAGCCAGAGGCUCGCUACUACAUGACUCAACUGCUCAAGGGUGUCCUUUAUCUGCACAACAACAGAGUCAUCCACAGAGACCUGAAACUAGGAAACAUCUUCCUCAACGAUGACAUGGAGCUCAAGAUAGGGGACUUUGGUUUGGCCACUAAGAUCGAGUUUGAUGGCGAGAGGAAGAAGACCUUGUGUGGAACGCCCAACUACAUUGCACCUGAAGUGCUUUGUAAGAAAGGCCACAGCUAUGAAGUGGACAUCUGGUCGCUUGGGUGCAUUUUGUACACUUUGUUGGUGGGUAAGCCCCCAUUUGAGACCUCCUGUCUGAAGGAGACCUACAACCGCAUCAAGAAGAACAACUACACCAUCCCCUGGCACAUCAACCCGUUAGCGUCCGCUCUCAUCAAGCGCAUGCUGCAUGCCGAUCCCACCCAAAGGCCGACCAUCACAGAGCUGCAGACAGACGAGUACUUCACAACCGGCUACAUCCCCGUACGUCUGCCCACUACGUGCCUCACUGUGCCCCCACGAUUCUCCAUCGCCCCGUCCACAGCCCCGGACCAGAGACGCCCACUGACUGCUAUUAACAACAAAGGUGGUUCAGAGAAGAUGGACAUGAAGGACGAGCCCCAAAGGGAGCCUGAGCCAGCAGAGUGUCACCUGAAGGAACUGCUGCAGCAGCUCAACAGCAUCAUUGCUGCCAAGCCCUCUGAGAAGGCAGUCAUCUGCCAAGAAGAGGCAGAGGAUCCUGCAUGUAUUCCCAUCUUCUGGAUCAGCAAAUGGGUCGACUACUCAGACAAAUAUGGAUUAGGCUACCAGCUCUGCGACAACAGCGUGGGUGUGCUGUUCAACGACUACACACGGCUCAUGAUGUACACCGACGGAGACAGUCUGCAGUACAUUGACAAGACGGCAGCUGAAUCCUACCUCAGCGUGCGCUCGUUCCCUUCUGCUCUCAACAAGAAGAUAACGUUGCUGAAAUAUUUCCGCAACUACAUGAGCGAGCACCUGCUGAAGGCCGGUGCAAACAUGGCGCGGCGGGACGGAGACGAGCUGGCGCGACUGCCUUACCUCUCUCUGUGGUUCAGAACCAAGAGCGCCAUCGUCCUGCACCUCACCAACGGCACCGUUCAGAUCAACUUCUUCCAGGACCAUACCAAGCUGAUCCUGUGUCCGCUGAUGAAUGCAGUGACCUACAUCGACGAGAAGCGCGAGUUCCGCACGUACAAGAUGUCUCUGAUGGAGGAGUUCGGCUGCAGUAAGGAGCUGGCCAGCCGCCUUCGCUACGCCAAGCUCAUGGUGGAGAAACUGCUGGACAGCAAGACUUCCCCAGCCGCACAUUAGACCACCUUACGCCACAUCUUCAAUCACUCAGUCUUUAAUCAACGGCCACUUCCUGUCUGCCAGCCGCUCGGAUGACGCGGCAGACCCUGAAAUCCUCCUGUGUUUUAUUGAAGGGUCGCAGCGUGAUCUUCAAGGCUGUCCAAUGAUUGUUCUUCUCCUAUAUGUUGUACAUGAUUGUUGGAUUUGCGUCUCAACCACUGAUUUUAUCCUUUACUCCUGCUGUUGAUAGAAACUCAUGUUCUCCUCCCUUUUCUUGACUAAGAUUAAUCUUGACAAAUGCGUUCCUGCCGAUGUACUCGAAGACGGCUACAGACAAGUCGACCAUUUACCUUCGAAUGAGUCUUGGAGGAAAAGAUGGCUGUUAAAUGUUCAAGUUCAUGUUGAAGUUGAAACAUUCCUCCCAGAUUUCUCGCCGCUCGUUUGAUUGAGUUUGUUCACGUAUCAGUUGUGCUUUUAAACCUAAAGCCUAGUGGUCGUGUGUGUGUGUGUGUGUGUGUGUGUGUGUGUGUGUGUGUGUGUGUGUGGUGGGGAUUGAGACUCAGACUGGCUGUGUGGAUGGAAAAAGCUUCUCUGGUCUACUUCUCUAGUGUUGUCUGUUUUUAUCUGUGUUGUAUGUAGAGAAAUGGACCAUGUUAAUAUGUCUUCAUCAUGCACAUUCUUCCUGUAGUUACUUUUUACUCUUUUUAUAAGUCUAUUUUUAGAUGUCUUGUCUUUCUCAACAAGCUGUGCACACUUGUACAUACUGCUGAAUAUGCAUACCUGUUGUUGUAAAGAUGGUUUAAAUUUUACCCAAGUUUAAAUAAAGAUUCUCUUGAACUUGA